GCUGUAUCUGAGGCCUCCGCAACCACCAGGCCCGCCUCGACCGCUCCGCCUGCCGCCCGCAGCUCCAGCCGGCGACUCACCUUCACCCGCUUUCCGCUUCUGCGAAAAGGCAGCCGCGAGCUCACCAGGGCCACCUCCGGCCACUUCAGAGGCAGUAGCAUUUCGGCCGCCGCCCCGCCUUCCCGCGCCGACUCUCCUUUCUUCUCGACAGGUGCCCCCAAGGCCUCCAGGACCUCGUUUGCGCGUGGCCGCACCGAACCGCCCGCCUCUGAUCUCUCGAGCGCACGCGAGCCGUCUGCCCCUGCCAGCGUCCGCUCCGGCAGUGGAGAAGAGCCAGGAAACACAUCAGGACCAGCAAGUCUGCCGCAGGCAGCGCACGCCGGCAAGAUGCAUCAGACCAGCUCGAGACUGCUGCGUAUGACCGACGAUGAGCGGCCGUAUACGAGGGACUUCACGGACCUCUUCGCUACCCUCAUGGUCUCCCUCCCCCUCACACCCCACCGUGUCCGCUUCCGGAUGAUCGACUACACGUUCACCUCAGAUGAGGCCAUCACCAACCUCGGAUCCCUCAAGUUCUCCCAGUCCAAUCGCAUGCCUGACCCCAAGGACUCAUCGCGUGUCGUCACAACCACCACCACCACCUUCUCCAUGGCGAAAGAAAUGGCCCGUUCUGUCUGCCAAAAGUUCCUGGAAGCCAAGUUCAUCGAGUCCGUUGAAGGCAAGACCGACUUCACAAACAAGAGCUCCGUCUGGCAAUUGACGCCCAAGGGCAUUCACAUCCUGGAGCGCUUCUGCACCCGCAACGGAAUCCAGUCUGCCCACGUCAAGGCCGUCAUUGAGUCCAAUCGCAACCCUCACCUUCUAGUUAUCCUUGAGCGCAACACAGAGAACGACAAGCUGCACCAUGAUGAACAGACAGUCGAGAUCCUCUUCCGCCGCUUCAUUGGCACUACUGCAAAUGAGAUUCAGUCUGACUCUGAUUCAAUACACGAGUUCUCAAAGUGCGACGUUGGCGUUAAGCUCGUCAAGCACCGACCUACCUCCAGCCGUCAGUACGAGUACACCUUCAACGGCCGCAACGCUGCCCAGUGGCUAAUGGACUGCACCACAAUGGUUGAUCCGCGCGAGUCGAUAGAGAUAGGUUCUCUCUUCUUGCAGCUCAAGUUGAUCGCCCCCGUAGAUGCUCGCAUCCCUGAACACACCUUCCAGCCUGUGAAGCAGGUUCAGUACUACGUUACCCCACACGGCGAGCGCAUCGCUGGAUGGAGCCUCGAGGAAGUCCCUUCAAGCGCAGAAGCCAUUGCAGCAAAGAGCCGUGAUGGUAUGGCUCGUGACUCGAACAGCAAUCGUACUAACGUCAUCAUCCGCAACCCGUCAUGGCGCCUUCUCUACCGCGAGUUUCUGAAGGAGACCAUGUGUGAGGAGAACUUGUCCUUCUACCUUGAGGUCCAGGAGUUCCACAGACAGUACCGUGUUGCUAUCAGCGACAAGGGCGACAAUAAGGUUGAGACCAUUCGUGAGACUCUUGCCGCUGCCUAUGGUCUCUACAACGCUUUCUUGGCACCUGGGUCACCGAACGAGCUCAAUAUCGACCACAGCCUGCGCACACAGCUUGCCACUAGGAUGACGCGUGCUGUCGGUGACGACGCUGCCAUGUUGCAGAGCCUCAACGAGGUUGCAACUUUGUUUGACAAGGCGCAAAACUCGAUCUUCAAGCUCAUGUCUAGCGACUCUGUGCCCAAGUUCGUCAAGCACCCCAAGUACGCUCCCCAGCUCCGCGGUCUCGAUGCCGCAGCUGCCUCGUCC